AUGGAAGAUCAAGAAAAGGUUAAGAUCGCUGGCUCUGCCUCUUCAUUGUUUAAUGAUUCUUCAGAGCAAAGUCCGUUCGAUUCAUUAUUUGCAGCAGAUCAAAGCUUACCAAAUAAUACAAAUAAUAAUUCAAAUUCUAACCAGGUUUCUCAAAACAACGUUUCUGUUGAAACUUCUUUUGACGAACUAAGUAUUACAAAUGAACACCCUUCCACAAAUUAUUACUACAAUCAAUUUGAUAACUCUCUACAAUACAACGCUUAUAAUGCGAAUGAUUUAUAUUACGAUGUUGUUAGACCGGCUAAUGAUGAAAACUACCCUACUUCAUCUCAAGCUAACGGAUCAAUUGAAAAUUCUGAGAAUCAAAUUAAUAGAAAAAAAAUUGGUAUGACCCAGUUUAUCCAAGAAGGAAAAUUUAUCCCGGUUACGGUCAUUUUGGUUACUCCCAAUGUCGUGACUCAAAUCAAAACUCAGGAUAAAGAAGGUUAUAAUGCUUGCCAAUUAGCUUUUCAAGAAUGCCGAGCCAAAGUUUUAAAUAAGCCUCGACUUGGUCAUUUAAAUAAAAAUAAAAUCACCCCCCAUAAACAUUUACGAGAAGCAAAAGAUGUGACUGGCUUUUCAGUUGGCUCCCAAUUAGAUGUUUCACUUUUUCAAGAAAAAGAAAGAAUUAAAAUUACUGGUGUUUCCAAAGGAAAAGGAUUUGCGGGAGUAAUUAAAAGACAUGGUUUUGCUCUCGGUGCCAUGUCGCACGGUGGUGGUCCAGUUCACCGUUCCAUUGGUUCUGCGGGUGGUGGUCGAGGUACUCGCCAAAAAGUUCCAAAAGGCAAAAAAAUGCCCGGUCAUCUCGGAAAUGAACAAGUAACCAUUCGCAAUCUCCUCGUUGUAAAAAUCCUUCCUGAAAAGCAAAUAAUUUUAGUCAAAGGGGCAGUGCCUGGUAAUCAAAAAGGGUUGGUUAAGUUAACUAAAAUUACCUAA